ACUUCCUGUUUUGCUGCGAUGCAGCAACGUGGGUUCGCCGGAGUAUACUUGUGUUUAAUUAUGUGUGACAGCAAUAAUCUAAACCUUUAACAAUGCAGAUCUCCAGUAUAAAUGACGUGAAGAUUUAUAAUUUAAGCCACGGAAAGUCCCUUCCUGAGUGGUUAUCAGACAGAAAAAAGAGACAACUUCAAAAGAAAGAUGUUGACAUUCAACGGAGGAUCGAGCUCAUUCAGGAUUUUGAAAUGCCUACAGUGUGCACCUCUAUUAAAGUCUCAAGGGAUGGGCAGUACAUUCUGGCUGCAGGGACAUACAAACCCAGGAUACGAUGUUAUGAUACGUAUCAGUUGUCUCUGAAGUUUGAGCGAUGUUUAGAUUCAGAUGUUGUGGCUUUUGACAUCUUGUCCGAUGACUACUCUAAGUUAGUGUUCCUCCACUGUGACCGUUAUGUCGAAUUCCACUCGCAACAUGGACACUACUACAAGACGCGGAUUCCAAAGUUUGGGAGAGACUUUUCAUACCAUUAUCCAUCAUGUGAUCUUUAUUUUGUUGGCUCAGGAUCUGAGGUAUACAGGCUGAAUCUGGAGCAAGGGCGCUUUCUGAACUCUCUUCAGACAGAUGCUGUCGAGCACAAUGUCUGCGAUAUCAACCCUGUUCAUCAAUUAUUUGCCACUGGAACAUCUGAGGGUAGGGUGGAGUGCUGGGACCCCCGAGUGAGAAAUCGUGUCGGUCUAUUGGACUGUGCCCUUAGCAGUGUCACCGAGGGAACAGAAGUUCAAGCUUUGCCUUCAGUUAGUGCCCUGAAGUUCAAUGGGUCUCUCACAAUGGCAGUUGGGACCAGCACUGGACAGGUUCUGCUGUAUGACCUGCGCUCUAGUCAGCCGCUCCUGGUUAAAGACCACUUCUACAAUCUUCCAAUCAAAUCUCUAAACUUCCAUGACCCUCUUGAUCUGGUGGUCUCUGCUGAUUCCAAGAUAAUAAAAAUGUGGAAUAAAGACUCGGGCAAAGUGUUCUCCUCUAUUCAGCCUCCGACCAACAUCAAUGAUGUCUGCAUGUAUCCAAAGUCCGGUAUGCUCUUCACUGCCAAUGAAGAUCCUAAAAUGAGUACAUUCUACAUCCCUGCUCUGGGCCCAGCACCGCGAUGGUGCUCAUUCCUCGACAACCUCACCGAGGAGCUCGAGGAGAGUCCGGAGAGCACGGUUUAUGAUGACUACAAGUUUGUCACUCGCAAGGAUCUGGAAAACUUAGGGUUGUCUCAUCUUGUGGGAUCCCCUCUGCUCAGAGCCUACAUGCAUGGCUUUUUCAUGGACAUCAGGCUUUAUCACAAGGUUAAAAGCAUGGCAAAUCCAUUUGCUUAUGAGGAAUACCGUAAAGAUAAGAUUCGGCAGAAGAUUGAAGAGUCCAGGACCCAGAGAGUGCAGUUAACAAAAUUGCCCAAGGUCAACAAGGAGCUGGCACUGAAGCUGAUGGAGGAGGGUGAUGACGAGGCAGAACUUGCUUCUAGGAAGAAGAAAGGAAAGGCCGUUCCUAGUAUUCUGGGUGACGAUCGUUUUAAGGUGAUGUUUGAGAACCCAGACUAUCAGGUGGAUGAGCAGAGUGAGGAGUUCCGCCUUCUCAACCCCAUCGUAUCUAAAGUUGGCCAAAAGAGGAAGAAGAAACUGAAGUUGCUUUCACAGCAGGCUGCAGCUGCUCAAGAGGAGGCUGAGGAAGAAGAGCCUGAAGGUCGUCCCAGUUCAGAGGAGGAAAGCUCAGAUGAUGAUAAGAGCUGGGUGGAGGAGGUGAGGGAGCAGAGACGACUUCUGAGACAGGAAGAUCGCGAGCGCCGCAUACAAGAGAGGAAGGAUGCUGACCGCAACACUGUCCUACUGAACCGGGAGCAGAACGGAGUAUCCAGACCCAAUAUGCCCACAGCAAAGAAGAUCAACCAACCUCAAUUCUAUCAGAUUAAAACUGGAGAAGAGUUCCGCAGUUUUAAUGACAUGGCCCACAAGCAGAAACUCCAAAAGGCAUCUCUGGAGGAGCGCCUGAAGCUGGAAGAGAACUCUGGAAUAAGCAACAUGGCUGACACAGCAGUGGGAAGCAAACAACUCACUUUCACUCUUAAAAAAUCGGAGCAACAGAAGAAGCAGCAGCAGGCGGAGAGAGACCACCACGCAGAGAGGAAGAAGCUGAGGCGGUCGGCCGGGCACCUGAGCAGCGCCACAGGGAGGGGCCGUGGGAGAGGGAGGGGACGAGGACGAGGUCGAUUUUGAGGUGUCCUGUUAAAAGUCUAUCCUCAAAUCUGAUCUUUCACUCAGAGAUGCCUUACAAGUGAAGCGUGUGGGAGCCUCAGCACUAGGCAAGACUGACUGUAACAAAUGGACAUGUUUGUGGAAGGGCUCUGCAAACAGGGCAAUGCCAUGCGCAUUAUAAGCAUGGAUUAAAAUGUUUAAUUUCAUUUUUGAAAAUGGACAAAUUAAUUGUGACUGAGUAGGCCAUUUAGGAGGUUUUUAAAAUUCAUUGGGGUACACCAAUGCUUUCUUUCUAAUGUUGUUGGUAUAUUUUUUUGUGUGACUAUUUGUGUAACAAGUUUUAAGAAGACUUGUUGUCUCAUUGUUUAAAAUUGGAUUAAUAUGUACUAUAUUAUAUUUGGUACAAAACAAA